CACUGCCAUAUUUUUAUCGGACAAAAAGCUUCUCAAUUCAAGAGCUGGGCUUCACUUCCUCCACCACUCUCCUCUGUCUCUUCUUCCCGCUCCACCAUCAACAAUCAAGAUAUAUAGAUAGAGGGAGAGAGGUAUGUGAUGUAAUAAAUGGAAUUACACCACUCUUAAAACUUAUAUUAUAUUCUCUCAAUUCUUGAUUUUGAUUCCACACUCUGAAUUUUGGGGGCUUCUUUUUCCUAUCUACUGAGUACAUUCAAUCAAACGGAGAAGAAGAUUUUUUUUGAAACAAGCAUUUGUUUUCUGUUGCAUUCAUCAUCAAACAGGAGGGUUUUCUUUGUUGGGAUAAAAAGUGUCAAAGCUGUGUUGCAGAGGACUGACAUCAACGCAAACUGAAACUACUCUCUUUUUUGACCCAUUCUUUCUGUCAAAAAAGCUUGCUUCAUUAAGUUAAAGGAAGGUGGUUUAUAAAAAUCAUAUUUUUAUAUAUAAAAAACAGACUUCACAAUGAUCAUGAGGAGGAGAUUUGCUUGUUGUACGAGAGACAUGAGAAAUAUGAGCAUCGAUUUCGAUGAAGAAGACAAGAUAAUGACGUAUAAUGGUCUAGAGAGCUGCAUUCAGUCUUUUGAUAAUGAUAGUGGCACCAGCAGAGGGGAUGGCUGUGUCACUGACUCCCAUGAUGAGGAUGACUCGAGCUGCUCGUCCAGCAAUAAUGCUUCUGGAUCGUUCUCCUCUAUCUGGACGAUAUUGAAGAAAGACGAUCAGUGUCAAGAUGAGUGGAAUUUCACAGCAACCCCUAGACAUAUCCUUGCAAAAGAAAAGCCACAGCAUACCAGCCAAUGCUCAGAUAUUGAAACAAUUAAGGAAAAGUUUGCUAAGCUGUUGCUUGGGGAGGAUAUUACCGGUGGAGCAAAGGGCAUCUCCACUGCAUUAGCGCUAUCAAAUGCUAUCAAUAAUCUAGCAGCUUCCGUCUUUGGUGAGCUUUGGAAGUUAGAGCCGUUGACGGAUGAGAGUAAGGGAAAAUGGCAAAGAGAAAUGGAUUGGCUGCUUGCCCCAACUAACUAUAUGGUCGAGUUGGUUCCUGCAAAGCACAAUGAUGCUAAUGGCCGGACAAUAGAGAUCAUGACUCCAAAAGCUCGAGCGGACAUCAACAUGAAUCUUCCAGCUCUGCGGAAAUUGGAUUCCAUGCUCAUUGAAACCCUCGACUCGAUGGUGAAUACAGAAUUCUGGUAUGCUGAGGUUGGCAGCCGAGCUGAAGGAAGGAGCCGGAGCUCUGGACAGAGCAAGCGGUGGUGGCUUCCUUCCCCGCAAGUGCCCACAGUCGGCCUCUCAGAGAUAGAAAGAAAGAGAUUGCUGCAUCAGGGCAAAUUGAUCUUUCAAGUUUUCAAAGCUGCCAAAGCCAUCAACGAGAACAUCUUGGCUGAUAUGCCGAUCCCUGCCAACAUCAGAGACGCGCUCCCAAAGUCCCCGAAGACGAGCCUUGGAGAGGAACUGUACAAAAUACUGUCUGCAGAGUGUCUGCCUGCCGAGGAUAUGAUCAACUGCCUGAAUCUGAAAUCUGACGUCGGUGCUCUUGAUGCCAUCAACCGGCUGGAAGGUGCUAUAUUCGCAUGGAAAGAGAGAGAAAUGGAGCAAGACAAUGUCAAGUCCCCCAUGCGAAGGUCGUGGUCUUUCGUUUUAGAUCCAUUGUCCGAACUCGAUAAGACGGAAGCGUUGAUUCACCGAGCCGAACUACUGGUGCUGCAGCUCAAGAGCAAGUAUCCAAAUCUUCCUCAGACGUUCUUAGAUGUCACAAAAAUCAAAUACGGAAUGGAUGUUGGACACUCGAUUCUUGAAGCCUACUCUAGAGUUUUAUCCAACACAGCAUUCAGCAUUCUGUCACGGCUAGGAGACAUUCUUCAAGAAGACAUUGUGAGCAACCCCAACUCUCCGAUUGCGAUGUCGCAGCUUGUUGGAGCUAGGAUCCCGGGGAUCUCGGACAGCCCGAUGCUCGACCGUGUCCGCCACUCCCUCAUCAAUCAGCUGAACUCCACAGAUGCGAAAUCUUGCAAUUCCAGUGUCGUCUCUGACGACGCUUCCGACGUUGAGGCUCGUAACGAUGGAGCUAAGAUUACCUCGGUUAGCGCGACACCAAGCCGCCGUGCUUGGUGCGUCGGCAGAAAUGCUUGCCAAUUUAUGUCUGGUAGAUAUGACUGAUACGAACUCAUAUUCUGUCUAUGUAAAUAACACACCAUGUUUGUGUCGUGCAGCAGCUUAUUAUGUGUUGAGUUACAUUUGAAACUCAAUAUAUUCAUAUAUGUUUCACAGUCAA